CAGUGCAGCAGUGCAGAGCAAAAGAACAUAUCUAAUGCUUCGUGCUCUCGCUGCACGAUGUCUCCAAAGUCAACUCAGGAUUUGUUUAUGUUUAACUCUUACAGACCGUUAAUUUGCUAGAUUUUGAAUAAAGAUCUGCAAAAAUUUAUUUAGCCAGGACUCAAAUCAUUUUGAAUUAUUUUACAAGAUUUAUUAUCUAUUUCUCUUAUAAAGGAUCCUCGAGGUACCUGAUAUUUGUGUGACAUAGAUACUUCAGUGGCAAAUCUAGAGGUUGCGUACGCAACACGCACAUGUCACAUUGCUUUCAUUUGUUUUUUGUCUCAACGCCUCUAACAAUGGUUUACAUACAAAUCUAACUUUAAAUACUUUGCUUCUUCGAGCACUUAAUGAGAUAUUGAAACGAGAUGUUGCCUAAGACGAUUUCAAUGUUAAAAUGCACUUCUCGUUUGAUAUGGCUUCGUUCCUUAACGAAGUUAGCGAACAAAUUGGAGAAUAAUUCGGAAGACAGGAUGCAAGCCUGGCAGAUACAUUCGUACAAUGGGGUGGACGACUUGCAACUUACCAAUGUCAGAAUGCCGACAAUUAGAAAUCCGACGGACGUCCUGGUAAAAGUGGAAGCCUCCAGCGUGAAUCCCAUCGACAUCGCAAUGACGAAUGGUUAUGGUACGACUACACUGAACUUGAUGCGUAAAGUAAAUUGUUCAAGAGCACACGAUGAGUUAGAGUUACCUUUAACAUUGGGCAGAGACUUUGCAGGAGUAGUUGUAUCAAAGGGAUUCAACGUAGGAGACAAAUUCAAGCUAGGUGAAGAAGUUUGGGGUGUAGUCCCAUUAGAGCAACAAGGCUGCCAUGCAAAUUAUGUUGUUGUUAAUAGUGAUAUAGUGCGUUCACGCCCUCAGAGACUGUCUUACACGGAAGCCGCGAGUAUUUUGUAUGCCGGAUUGACUGCAUGGUCGGCACUGUGGUACACGGGAGGAUUGUAUUACAAAACAGCACUAUUUACAAGGAACAAGCGUGUCUUGGUCAUGGGAGGUUCAGGAGGUGUUGGGACUAUAGCUAUACAGCUUCUGAAAGCUUGGAACAUGAAUGUAAUUACCACCUGCAGCAGUGACGCUGUGGAGACCCUACAGAAUUUAGGUGCCGACGUCGUGAUCGAUUACAAGCAGGAAGAUGCCGACAGACAAAUCAUCUCAGAAGGGCCGUACGACAUAAUCUUAGAUUGCGCCAGGCAGGGGCCAGAGCAGGUCAGGAUGAAAGGAUACCCAUAUAAUACUUAUGUAACAUUGAGCUCGCCGAUGUUGAAAAACUUUGAUCAGUAUGGACUAGUCCUGGGAGCUUUUCAGAAUGUUGGCGAUAUUGUCAAGUUAAAUAUCCCAAUAACGCAAAAUAAAGGCUGCGUCAAGUGGGGAUUUUUCUUACCGAGUCAAAGAGGAAUCAGUGUUAUCCAAGAGCUCGUAGAAAAUGGAAAGAUCGUACCUGUUGUUCAGCAAGUGUAUCCUUUUCAAGAUUUGUCGCUCGCGUAUAAAAGAAUGAAUCAGGGUCAUAUGAGAGGCAAGCUAGUAGUUGACAUGAAAACAACGCGAGACGAUUAACCUUGUAACGCAAUUUUAACUUUAUAUAUAGCUAUAGAAACUUUGAAUAAAUAUAAAAUGCAUGUCUAUUUUUUGAAAAGA